UUCCCAAAUCCCCUUCUCCGUCGUCCUCUCUCCUUCUUCCUCCUCUGCAGCUCAGCCCGUCAGAGCUGCGAGCGAGAGUGACAGAGAGAGCAAUGGAGAUGGCUCUCAGCUUCCACAGCUCGUCGCCAUCCAUGCUGAACCCGAGCACUGGUUCGAGCUCGGUGAGGACCAGCUGCUCUCCUCGGCUCCCCAAGCAGCUGCUCGGCGUCAGCUUAUCCUCUCCCCUCACUGCCAAGACGAGCCUCAAGUGCCGCUCCAAGAGUGCGGUCCACGGACCGGUCAAAUGCUCCGUCACUCAGGCCACAGAGGCUGCCACUGAGAAGAAGAGCGGGUUGAAGCGGAGGAGCGACAUAAGGAAUAUAGCCAUUGUUGCUCACGUCGACCAUGGGAAGACAACUCUUGUGGAUUCAAUGCUGAAGCAGGCCAAGGUCUUCCGGGAUAACCAGUUUGUCCAGGAAAGGAUAAUGGACUCGAAUGAUCUGGAGCGUGAACGGGGGAUUACCAUACUCAGCAAAAACACUUCCAUUAACUACAAGGAUACGAAGAUUAAUAUAAUAGAUACUCCUGGACACUCCGACUUUGGAGGUGAAGUGGAACGCAUCCUUAACAUGGUCGAGGGAGUGCUUCUAGUGGUGGAUUCUGUUGAAGGUCCAAUGCCGCAAACAAGAUUUGUCUUGAAGAAGGCUCUAGAAUUCGGUCAUGCUGUUGUUGUGGUUGUCAACAAGAUUGACCGACCAUCUGCACGCCCUGAUUUUGUUAUCAACUCCACUUUUGAACUCUUCAUUGAAUUAAAUGCAACUGAUGAACAGUGUGAUUUUCAAGUUAUUUAUGCAAGUGGAAUCAAAGGAAAAGCUGGACUUGAACCUGAUAAUUUGGCUGAUGAUUUAGGGCCCCUCUUUGAGUCCAUAAUAAGAUGCAUACCUGGACCACGCAUCGACAAAGAUGGUGCACUGCAAAUGCUUGCCACAAAUAUUGAGUACGAUGAACAUAAAGGACGGAUAGCUAUAGGGCGCUUGCAUGCUGGCGUUUUGAGGAAAGGGAUGGAAGUGAGGGUGUGCACUUCAGAAGAUUCAUGUAGAUUUUCCAGAAUCAGCGAGCUUUUCAUAUAUGAAAAGUUCAGUAGAGUUCCAGUAGAAAGCGUGGAAGCUGGUGAUAUUUGUGCUGUCUGUGGGAUCGAUGACAUUCAGAUUGGGGAGACAAUUGCUGAUAAAACAUCUGGGAAACCAUUGCCUGCAAUUAAGGUGGAAGAGCCAACAGUCAAAAUGUCAUUUUCUAUUAACACAUCACCUUUUGUUGGGCGUGAGGGAAAAUAUGUUACAAGUCGCAACUUGCGUGAUCGAUUAUAUCGUGAGCUUGAGCGUAACUUGGCCAUGAAAGUAGAAGAUGGUGAAACCGCUGAUACAUUCGUUGUUAGUGGUCGUGGUACUUUGCAUAUCACGAUACUGAUCGAAAACAUGCGGAGAGAAGGAUAUGAGUUCAUGGUUGGACCUCCCAAAGUAAUCAACAAGAAGGUUGAUGACAAGUUGCUAGAGCCGUAUGAGAUCGCAACAGUAGAGGUGCCAGAAGAACACAUGGGAGCAGUGGUUGAACUUCUUGGGCGAAGGCGUGGGCAGAUGUUUGAUAUGCAGGGAGUUGGGUCGGAAGGAACAACCCUGCUGAAGUAUAAGAUCCCGACACGUGGUCUCCUUGGGUUGCGGAAUGCAAUCUUAACUGCUUCUCGAGGCACAGCUAUUCUCAACACAAUCUUCGAUAGCUACGGACCUUGGGCUGGUGAUAUCAGUACCAGGGAUCAGGGCUCGCUGGUUGCUUUUGAGGAAGGAACAAGCACCUCUUACGCUCUAGCCAGUUCUCAGGAGAGGGGGCAUAUGUUUAUUGGCCCUGGAGUGGAUGUCUACAAAGGCCAAAUAGUGGGCAUUCAUCAACGGCCUGGGGACUUAUCCCUGAAUGUGUGCAAGAAGAAGGCUGCGACAAAUGUACGUUCCAACAAGGAGCAAACAGUGGUGCUCGAUACCCCGUUGGACUACAGCCUGGAUGACUGCAUAGAAUACAUUCAGGAAGACGAACUGGUGGAGGUCACACCCCUGAGCAUCCGAACGUGCAAAAACCCGAAGCUCACCGGAAAAAAGACGAGGUAAAAACAUUUCAACUGCUCACAUGAGCUCAAAUCUUCAUAUAGCAUCCAUCCCAACUGAUUCAAUUCUACUUGGGUAUAUAUAGAAGAUAAAUAUUUGUCAAAAGUUUUGUUCCCCAUUUAGCACAAGUGCUUAGGUAUACGACGGGGCACUGACAUUGUAUUCUUGACGAUCACAUUCCAUAGUCAAUGAAUCCUUCUCUCUUGAGCAUUUAUAUCUA